AUGAGCAGAUUUCCUUCAAAGAAGCUGUUGGCGUUGCCAUGCGUCUGCGUGAGGAAACUAAGGAGUUUCUUGCUGCCGCUGAGCAAGAGCUUGGCGAUCUUGCCGAUGCCGAGCCGGCCGAGCCUGAGCCUGCUCGGAAGCCCACCAAGGCCAAGAAGGUCAAGACGGCCCGUGCGACAGCAGUGGCUGCUGAGGUUGAGGGUGAGAAUCCGUCAGGGGUUCACGCAAGCAGUGCCAGUGGAAGUGGUCAAGCCCACACGCAGGGUUAAGGACGCCCCAAGCAAGGCCAAGGAUGAUCCCACAACCAAGGUCGAUCAUACCACAAGCAAGAUCAAUCCAACCAGCACGGUUAAGGACCCCCCGAGCAAGGCCAAGGAUGAUCCCGCAACCAAGGUCAAGCCGACCCACAAGCUAGCUGCUGCUGUAGCCACCGAGAAGCCUGCCGAUCCCAAUGCAAUCCAGCAUGUCGAACCCACCCCCCAGCUAAUCGCUUUCUGGGACAAGUACAAAGUGUCCAACAAGGGUACGGUACAUGACACUCUGCCCGAGUCGACUGUCCCCGAAGACACACUCGACGACACCCACGAGGAAGGGGAACCCAGGCUGCGGCGCGGUCGUGCAUCGAUCGACUUGGGUGAGAGUCUCAAUGGGGAGAAUGCACUCCCUCCCGUGGCGGUGCGUCGUGGGUGGUCCUGUGGUACUUUGCUUGUAGCUGACCAGCAGCUGAGCAAGCAACGUGGGAUUGAUGCUGCUGAGACGAUUGUCAUGGAGAAUGCCUCCCAAGUUCUUGCAGGGCAGCUCGAUGUACCAUUCUGUUUGCUCGUGCUGGGUGGCUCUGUGUCCCAGACUGGUUCGUCAUCCUCUUCUGCGGAAUGCUUGCAGCUGCGGCAAAUGGUCGAGCAGAUGCAGAUCUACCAGUCUGCACUGGUGGGGCAGUUGAAGGCAAAUGGGCAGGAGUUGCCCCCCAUGCCCUCCAGCUUGGAGGUUCCGGCCGUUGAGGACCGCACAAGCUCAAGGGCUCCUGCAGAACGCGAGGUGGCCCCAGUUCCGGACGAUGACAUGGAUGGUGAUUCCAUGCACAGCGAGGAUGGUGAGGACGAUGGUGAAGCCGGGGAAGCCCCGGAUGGUGAGGGCGAUGAUGAAGCCGGGGAAGUCCCGGAUGGCUCGGCUGAUGAGGCCGAGACUGAUCAGGAAGGGGAUGCAUCCAUGCACGAUGGACUGGACGAUGAUGAGAAUGCAAGCUGCCCGGCGGCUACCAAGUCCGUGAAGGGUUUGGAUAAGACGAAGAUCUUGGAGGACGACCCCAUGAUCGGUAAGAGCAUGCAGCCGCCAAGGAGAGCUUGCCAACCGUCUUCCCAGCCCAUCUUUGCCCCGGAGUCUGUCGCAUCCAGUCCGGCUGUCGUGCCGGCGGUCCCGCCGGCGGCCCCGGUGCGAGCCCCGUCGCCAGCCCCUGCAACAAUGGAGCCCCCCGCCGAAGAGGUUGUGAACAGCCGCACUCACAAGCGAGAGUACAUGGUUCUGGUUAUCCUUGCGAAUCUGAAGGACCGCCAAGAGCUCCUCAAGCGCUGGGUGAUGUCGGGUGGCAAUACCCAGGCCACGGAAGCCUCUAUCGAGGCAAGCAGGACCUCGAGAUCCAAAGCCAAGACCGUUCGCCAUUCAGCAAGCUCCACUGCUGAGAUUGGUUUCAAGAUAUUCUGCUUAUAUAGUGAGUUCCUACUCAAUAUUGGUUUCGCUUCACCCUAA